UGAACAUCACAAACACACACUCUGGAGAAUAUCAACUACAGAUCAGCAGCGGAAGCAGCGACAGUGAAAACACCUUCAAUGUUAUUUUAUAUGGCACUGCGAGAUGACACGCCAUCAGUCAUGUGUGGACAUUAUUGGAGGAAAUCCCUAUUGUGUUUCUGCUGCUGAACGAGAUGCAAUUAAGAGAAAGACAGUGAUGGAAGAAGAAUCUGUCAUUUUAUACACUGGUGUAAUAAGAAAUCUGAAUGAUUCAGUUAGGUGGUAUUUUAAUGAGAUUCUCAUCGCUGAAAUCAGUGAUGAACCCAGAAAAACCUGUACAGAUGAUCAGUGUGACGAGAGAUUCAGAGACAGACUGGAGCUGUAUCAUCAGACUGGAUCUCUGACCAUCACAAACACCAGAACUGAAGACUCUGGAGAAUAUAAACUACAGAUCAACAACAGCAGAUUCAGCAUCUUUAAGAGCUUCAGUGUUUUUGUCACUGCUGUUCCAGAUCCAGGUUUAUCUUCAGCUGCUGUAGGAGGAAUAUGUGCUGCUGUUUUUCUGCUCGUGGCUGCGGCUGCUGCUGGGAUUUACUGUUUCAACUGGAAAUCGAGGAAAAGGAAAGCAAGGCUAAAAGGAAACAGGACACCGCGAGAUGAUCAUGAUCAGGAGAAUGAUGUUACAGAAGCACUGCCCCUUAAUCAGAGGACUCCGACUCCACUAAUGGAUGAUGAUAAUGAGACUGAGACCCCACAGUUGGAUGAUGAUAAUGGGACGUCCCAUAAUGAGACUGAGACUCAACAGGUGAAUGAUGAUGAAGCGAUGGAGACUCAAGUUGAUAAUGAGCAGUCUUCUAGUGAGACUUGAGACUAAUGGGAUUUCUCAGUAACAUUAGUUAUUAUUUUACGCUCAUGGAGAAAUGGUGUCGUGAUACUAAAAUAUCAAAAGUCGUUACCAAUAAUGAUGACUUGAAGUUUCAAAGCAAAGCAAGCCAUCACCAACAGAGUGCUUAGGAAUUUCCAGUGUGUAACUGGUGGGAGUAUUAGAGGCUGCUAAAGGAUCCAGACAGAAACCGGAUUAUCACUCGUCCUUCACAGUAUUGCGGUUCCUUCAAUCAUUAGCAGCAGAAUAUACACUGGAAGACCCAAUAACACACUGAUCUGUUUAAUCAGAUUCAUAUGUCAUACUUGGUGUGCUCUUCACCGAUCAUAUGCAGAAAUGAGAACGGGAAUAUGUUAGUUACUGUGACCUUAUUAAGCUGCUUGGUAACCUACAAACUGGUGUUUUAAAAACAUUCACUGUCAAAAC